AUGGCUCUCCAGUACUUGCACCAAUUCCUCACAUUCAAACUCAUAUCCUUUGUUCUUCUUCUAUUCUUCUAUGCACACUCUCCUCCGGUAUCCGCAGCUUAUUCGCCUCCUGAAUGCCCGUACCCGUGUCUACCGCCGCCCGCAUCCACCGUAACUUACCAAUCGCCACCGCCGCCACCGCCGCAGGUUGUUUACAGUUACUCUUACUCUCCUCCGCGCCCGGGAGCGGGGGAUAAUGGUUAUUACUAUUAUUAUCCUCCACCGUCGUCGCCGUCAACAUCAGGCUAUGUACCUUCUCCUCCUACUUUCUACACUUACAUUGCAGCUCCUCCGCCCCCGAACCCGAUCCUGCCGUGGUAUCCGUUCUACUACAAGUUCCCGCCGCCGCCUCUGUCCUCGGCGGUGGCUCCUUCGAGGAUUCAUGUGCAUGGUGCAUUCUCUGUGGCUUUACCGAUCGUGUUAGCAGUUAUGUUUUUACUUUGA